GCUUGGCGGGGCGCCACGUCGGCGCGUGGCCGACGCCAUGUUGAAGCCUGGCAGAGGCCGAGCAGUGGGAGUGAGACUGAGGGUCCGGGAGCCAGGCGGCCGGGGUGAGGGGCGGGAUGAGGGACAGCCUUGGGGACAGCCCUGUCCAGGCGUAGCUGGAACCUGGGUACCGAGGAGCCGGCUUCACACCGACGGCUCCUCCUGGGCUUCCUCGGCGCCACUGCGCAUGCCCCGGACGGUUUGGCAGUGGCGGUUUCGUCUUCUAUGUUGGCUUUCCGAAGGCGCGCUUGCCAGUUUCUCAAGUUCCUGAGACCUCUACACCUCCGAACAUGAGCGACUGGAUGCCCAUUGCCAAGGAAUAUGACCCACUUAAAGCUGGCAGCAUCGAUGGUACAGAUGAAGACCCACAUGACCGAGCUGUGUGGAGGGCCAUGCUGGCCCGCUAUGUCCCCAACAAAGGAGUCAUCGGAGACCCCCUCCUUACCCUGUUUGUGGCACGACUGAACUUGCAGACCAAAGAGGAAAAGUUAAAGGAAGUCUUCUCCCGGUAUGGUGACAUUCGGCGGCUGCGGCUGGUUCGGGACCUGGUGACAGGCUUCUCCAAGGGCUAUGCCUUCAUUGAAUACAAGGAGGAGAGGGCCCUGAUGAAGGCCUACAGAGAUGCUGAUGGCCUGGUCAUCGACCAGCACGAGAUAUUUGUGGACUAUGAGCUAGAGAGGACUCUCCGUGGCUGGAUCCCUCGGCGGCUGGGUGGCGGAUUGGGUGGGAAAAAGGAAUCUGGGCAGCUGAGGUUCGGUGGGCGAGAUCGGCCUUUCCGAAAACCCAUUAACUUGCCAGUUGUCAAGAAUGAGCCACAUAGAGACGGGAAAAGGGAAAGGAGGGAGCGAUCUCGAUCUAGGGACAGACACUGGGACCCCAGGCCCAGGGAACGGGACCAUGACAGGGGCCGAGAGAAGCACUGGCAAGAGAGGGCCAGGGUGUGGCCUGAGAAUGAUUGGGAAAGAGAGAGGGAGUUCAGGGAGGAGAGGGUCAAAAGUAGGGACAAGAGGGACAGAAGUAAGUAGAGGCAGCAGCAGGCAGCCUCUCUGUCAGGCUGGGGCAGUUCCUUAAGCAGUACUGGGGAUUGAACUAGAGAGUACGGCAUGUCAGGCGAGCGCUCCAACCACAGCCACAUAGGAUGAGAGGGAGAAACAAGUGUCUAAGAAGAAAUGUCUGGCUCAUGUGGAAAUAGAAGAGUUUUCACAUGCUGUCAAACCAGCACUUGGGAGUUGGAGGCAGAAGGAUGGAAAGAGAGGGGAUAAUAAAGAAUCUGUCUUCCCUUUUUCACA